AUCGAGAACUCGAACGGCUCGUCAGGCUCUCUCUACGCGUGGCUCUGCCAUUCUCGUCAGACACCUCUUUUGAGUUGCAAUUACGCGAAAGAGGCGACCGAUAUGGAUAAACCAGUCGUUUUGGCGCGCGUCAUCAAGGUCCUGGGUCGCACUGGCUCGCAGGGGCAGUGCACCCAGGUAAAGGUCGAGUUCCUGGGCGAGCAGAACCGGCAGAUCAUCAGGAACGUGAAGGGGCCGGUGCGAGAGGGCGACCUCCUAACCUUGCUCGAGUCCGAGCGCGAGGCGAGAAGGCUACGAUAACGCGGGGCUUCGUUGACGCCGGGGAGAAAAACGGUUGCCAGCCGCCGCUACUGGAUCUCAUCAGCUACGCAUUUCCCGAACGUGGAUCCCGCCCGCACGUGGACCGUGGACUGACGCGGGUCGUAGGCCGUCAACAACGGGUAUCCCAGACACGUGUUUCUGCAAGAUUCUGCUGCUUGUGAAUCAUCGAUGGAUCAUGACCGUCGACAAUCGGCAUUCCUGACAUGUGUUACUGAAGGAUGUUGUCGAUCAUGGAUCAUGGACCAUGGACAAUGAACACUGCCGAACAUCUGCUUCUGGGGGAUGCUGCCGAUUGUGGAUCAUGGAUCACGGGUCGAUCCAUGGCCACGGAUCAUCGAUCGUAGGCCGUUAACUGCCGAUAACAAGCAUGCCUGUACGUGUCUCUGGAAGAUACUGCGGAACGGGAUCAUCCGGCGUUUUCUUGGAGACAUUCCUGACGCAUGAGAAUUCUACUUUUGUAAUAAAUCUCGGCUGGUAACCACAA